AUGAAUUCAACACAUAUCUUCCGCAGACUCCCUUCUGUUUUCUUAACGGCAUCGCCGACACCAUCCGUUGCACCAUGGAGAAAUCUCCCCGGCGGAUUUCGAGUCUGGUCCCAUAGCCAGCCAUAUCCCACCCGACAAUUCUCCCAAACAUCUCCCAUUCUCUCGUCGCCAUUCCGACUCUCCUCGAACAAUGACAACCACCCCCCAUUGCAAACCUCUUCUGACCUCCCCCCCGACACCGAUCCGCUAGCCUACUACAGUCCCUACAUGCCAAAGCGCCGAUGGCCCCCGGACAUGUCGAAACUAUCACCGAAACACCAGUUCCGAUUAGAGCGGAAAUACCGCCGGCGCGCCGCACUCAAAUUUGCCCGUCCCAAGUGGACAAAGGCGACGAAGUUGGUGCAGUGGGGAGUUAUAGGAUUUGUUUUGGUGUAUGCCUUUCUCUUCAUGGAAUGGGAUGAUAAAGGAAGUCCGUUUGAUGAGGAUGUGGCGCAGCUCCGUAGGGCGUUCUUUGCUAGCGUUAAGGGGGCAUUCUCUACUCUACCUCCAGCGCCGGUUCAGAGAUCCAACGACACCGCUAAGGAUCAGUAA